UGUUUACAGUAAGGUGACGUUUCCUUUCGGCGCGGGUCACGUGACUCUUUACAGUAAGUCCAACAUGGCAGACGGAGUGGAUCUUACGCGGUAACUAAAGCAACGUUCACAACCCGCCCGCGACGGACACGUUCGACAACACGACUCCCCGCGACGAGACACCCGAGAUGAGGGAGAGGCAGAAGAAGAAGAAGGGGAGGACGUGGGCGGAAGCCGCCAAAACGGUUUUGGAGAAAUACCCCAACACGCCUAUGAGCCACAAAGAGAUCCUGCAGGUGAUCCAGAGAGAAAGACUUAAGGAAAUAAGAAGUGGAACCUCACCGCUGGCAUGUCUGAAUGCAAUGCUGCACACAAACUCUCGUGGCGAGGAGGGGAUCUUCUACAAAGUUCCAGGCCGAAUGGGAGUCUACACACUAAAGAAGGACAUCUCAGACGUGGCGAAGGAGCUGUCCGAGGAGAGCUCUGAGGAGAGCAGCGACAAUCUUUCUGACUCACGAAGCACGGAAAACAACAGUGCCAUCAGUCAGGAUGGCAGGAGAGGAAGGUGGAUGCGGAGAGUUCCCUCCAAGCUGCAGUCGCAGCCGUCGUCUCCACAGCCUCGAUGUUCGUCGCCUUCUGUCCCCACCAGCAAGCUCAUCUCUCCCUCGCAGAAACACAGCAAGAAAGCUUUGAAACAGGCCCUGAAGCAGCAGCAGCAGAGAAACCAGCGCAGACAGGGGGGGAUGCCAACCUCCUCCAGUCCCAGACUGCUUCUGAAAACCAUCAAAGAUAUGGCUGACAACAUCACUACAAAGGCUGACACAGGCCAUCCAGUCGUACCAAGGAAGGUUCCCCAGAGGGCAGGCCGCCUGAGUGCAGGGCAAAUAAAACGUACCAGGUGUAAAAUAGACGUGGAGACUCCAGACUCUAUUUUGGUGAACACCAACCUGCGGGCGAUCAUCAACAAGCACACCUUCUCCGUCCUGCCCCCGGACUGCCAGCAGAGGCUGCUCGAACUUCUGCCUGAAGUUGACCGGCAGGCUUGCAUGGACGGCCUCCUCAAGGUCACUAGCUCUGCCCUAAACAAUGAGUUCUUCACAUCGGCGGCACAGUCCUGGAAGGAGAGACUGGCCGAGGGGGAAUUCACCCCAGAGUUGCAGCUACGAAUGCGUCAAGAAGUUGAGAAGGAAAAGAAAGUUGAGCUCUGGAAGGAGGCCUUCUUCGAAAACUAUUAUGGCGAAAAUUCUGGGCUCAGCUAUGAGGAAUCCAAAGAGCUGACAAAGGCUGAUCUGAAUCAGGAGACUCCCAGGCCCCAGUCUCCCCGUCGUCAGACAGGAGGACCGGCAGCUCAAGCCCCAGUGGAAAGCAAGGGCAGGAAGGAGAGCAGGCAGACCGAUGCUGCUGCUGCAAAAGACACAAAGCCAUCGCAGACGUCAUCGCCGGAGCCCCCAAAGGCGCCGCGUGCUGAAAAAGAGCCAGUGUCCACCACGGCGCCCAUGAAGACUCGGCGCUCGCAGUACGCUGAGGAUCGUAGGUUGAACACGACGGCGCAGACUGAGCCAACACCUAUAGUGAGAACACCAGAGGUGAAGAGGCGGACUGAACGGAGUGCAGAAGAUUCACCGGCUGAUAAGGAGGAGCAGAAAGAGGAAGUGAAGGAGGAAGUGAAGGAGGAGAAAACUGAUAUGCCCCAGCCACCUGCGGCGAAGAGCCCUCCACAGAAAGGCAGUUCAGAGUUUAAAGAAGAUCAGCCGAUCCAGUCUGUGGUUAAGCCUGCUGAGAGUGAAGAGGUCAAAUCUGAGGCUGGUGGCCCCUCAGAGCCUCUAAAAAGAAAAUCUCCCAGUGAGACGGAGGGUGAGUUGACACCAGAGAAAAGGCCUCGUAUGUCCUCAGUUUCCUCAGUGUCCUCAGUCUCCUCCGUAUCCCCCCCAGCGUCCUCCCUAUCCAGCCCUGCGACGCCAACGGCAACAACGAAUCCGAGGGUUCCACCACUCAAGAUCCCAGUGUCACGAAUUCUUCCUGUUCCGGUGUCGCCAAGCCAGGCCUCGCCCAGGACCCCUCUCCCUGCCCCGCUUAGCAGCCCGGGCCGCACCGGUGCUCGCACUUUGGCUGACAUCAAAGCCAAAGCUCAGCUGGCUCGGGCACAGCGAGCAGCGGCUGCGGCGGUGUCAUCCGCGUCUAAGGGAGCAGUGCCAGGCCCGGGGCCGGGGGGAGGCAGUGGCGAACGGACACAGCAGUCACCCAGCCCCUGCCCGACCUCCCCGCAGGCACCAACCAGGUUACCAGCCACCGCCGGCAGCAGUACGCAUCCUUCUCGUCCACUGGACUCCUUUGGUCAGCUUAGCCCAAACGGGACUCUGAGAUUUUAUUUGAACAAACCUGAUGAUGUACAGAAAGGUCAUUCUUCUGGUACUGUAAGUCACUCAUCAGCACAAUCUUCCUCUGUGCACGCUUUAAAGGGACAGGAAAACCUAUCUCCUACUGGAUCAUCAAGCAGGACCAGCUCCUGUAUCCCUGCAAACAACCCGCUGGUCACGCAGCUGCUGCAGGGAAAAGAUGUUCCACUGGAGCAAAUCCUCCCGAGGCCACUGUCCAAGGUGGAAGGUAAGACGUUGAACGUACCCUCUUGUGCUAAGGGGAAGAUGACACACUCUGCGGAGCACAGGGCCGAUAAGCAGAUUUCCCACCAGUUAAAUACAGCCGCACGACCUGGAGUUUUCUCAGAAUACUCCAGACAACAAAAGGAACUUCCUGACAAGGAGACUCAAGAGCAGAUCCUACAGGCUCUGAUGCAGAGGAAAGUCCAGCAGAGCCAGUCUUAUGGCGUUUUGGGGCCUCAGCACCUUCAGUACAAAGCCCAUCAACUGGUGCAUGAAGAUCAUCAGGAACAGUCCAGGAUUUGUGUCGGCUUUUUGGGUCGCAAGAGGAUUCCCAGGCCGGCCAUGACGGGACAUUAUCUGCUCAAUGUGUCCACAUACGGCCGAGGGCCGGAGAGCAAGAGACUGCAUCAGUCUGUCAUCCCCAACACGUCUGUGUUCGGUUUAAAAAGGGAAAGCGUAGAAGGAGAGGAGGUGGCUAAGGAAGAAACUGUCGGUAGAGUUUUCUCUGGGCAUGUAUACACGUUAACCAAGUCUGAUGGAGCGGCGAGCUUUCCGCAUUGCUCCAGCUUAAAAACUGAGCCCGGCUCAGAGGACAGUGCAGCUGGCAGCGAUAACAGCAGCACCAGCGCGACAGCCAAAGACACCAGCCCCUUUUCUCAGUCACACCGACGGCACCUCGAACCCCGCGAUAGUAAUCAAGGAAACUCCGAGCCAUAUCUCAGCCAAGUGGACCCCAGUUCCCAGCAGCAGCAGCCGCCUGCCUAUCAAACCCAGAGAGCGCUCGAUAAUCAGGAACCCGAGGCAUCUCCGUGCUUCGGUGGCACCAUCAGCGUGUCCGUACCCCACACUCUGAACCACAGCACGGCAGGCGCCGGCUCUACCACCACGCCCUCAUCCGAGGCCGACGGAGGCGGCGUUCACGGGAGCGUCAUGUCCUUCUCCGUGACCGUCACUACCAUACCCGCCAGCCACGCGUUGGAGCACGGCGACCAGGGCGAGCCCUCACCCGAGCAGUCAUUCAUCGAGGCCUCCAACAUGGAGGACGUCCAGUCUAAGUGCUACUGCCGACUGAAGGCGAUGAUCAUGUGCAAAGGGUGCGGAGCCUUCUGCCACGACGACUGCAUCGGCCCGUCGAAACUGUGCGUCUCGUGUUUGGUGGUACGAUGAUAUGAAAUGGAUCACGACUCGGAGGAUGCGGUUGUUUUGAUUUGUAUCGAAAGAAGGCACAAAGCAUUCGAUGCGGUUCCAUUCAGGAUCAGUGCAGAAUGGGUAUAAAGCAUGUUAGCCAGCGUGUGCGUGGUCGCUGUUGGAACCCGGAGGAUUUUACACUGGAUGGUCUUUUGUUUCACCGACGUCUAAGAAGAGUUGUUUCAAGCAAUUGUUUUGGAAGAAAUGUCAAUCAGCUUUCAAUCAGAUCAGUAGUCUGUCAGGUGUGUGACAAAUAUGAAAUCUGGCAAUGUUUGCACACGGCUAGGAUUAGCGUUAUAUAUUUUUUUAAAUAUAUAUAGAUAUAGAUAUAUAUAUCUAUAUAUAUGUGUAUAUGUGUGUGUGUAGUUUUUAAAAAAAGGAGGGAAAAUGAAUGUUGCUAUUUUUGUAGAACAUAAUGACUGUUGUUGUGUUUUUGACUGACAUUUUUAAUUAUUGGGCCUAAUCAAUCAUGAUUUAAAGGCAAAAAAAAAGGGCGCUAAUGAUAAUCAUCGUUUGUAGAGUACCUCCUAUUGGGCAUUUAUGCAUGCAAUGGCAGGGAAGUGCAACUUACAGCAACUAUUUUAUAUAAAGAACUGUACAUUUAUUACUGCUACAUUCUCAGUUUCAAGAACAUGUAUAGUUUUAGACAGAGAAUAUUAAUGAUGAGGAAUUUUUAAUGAUAACUUUAUAUUAAAAAAAAGAGCUUGUGAUGACGAAGGACAGUCGAAGGGUGAAGCACUUGAAAACCAACUGGAGAUAAGAGAGUUAACCGUGUACAGCACUUAAAUUCAAACACAGGGAAAAGAAGAAUCAUUUAUAUAUAUAUAUAUAUAUACAGUAUAUAUUAUUUUAAAAAAUUACUUUAUGUACCUUUUUGGCAAAUUAAGAUCUUUUCUUUUCCAAUGUAUUGGAAGUCAUUUCCUAUCAUGUGAACCUGCAUUUUCUCCCCAAAAGCCGGUUUGUAGAUAUCGUCCUCCCUGGUUUUCUUGUGCUUGUAUAUGUGUACACAUAGAUCACCAGUGGCUACGUAAAAAAUUAACACUCAAGCAGUAUUUUCCCCCCACUGUAAAUAUUCUCUCAUGUACGGUAUAUGCCUAGAUGUAGAAAAUUAUUUUAAUUUUAUUUGUGCAGUACACUUUGCUUGAGCAUAUCCAGCUGUUAAUUACAAAAUGAUUUUUAACUUAAGGAAAGAAAAUGGGGAAGAACAGUAAAUUGUGCUAAAACGCUAAAUGUUUUAUCCUGUUACGAUCCAGCAACGCAAGCAAAAAAAAUUACAAAAGGAUUUGCCGGAACAAUACGACACCGAUUAACAGGCAGGUGUAACAUUUCACUUUAAAAUGGCCUUUUUACGUUUUUUUAUACUGCGGGAGUUCUAUUAUUAUAAGCACAGAAUAAUACUGAAUCAUGUUUAUUUAUUGUACAAUAGGUGUGUGUGUGUGCGAUGUACAAUGGUGAACCAGCACAUUUGUGGUGUGAACACUGUUGUUACAAGUGCUUUAUGAUAAUUUUAACACAAUAUUAAUGCUUACUUUAACACACUUUAAUAUGCAAAAAGGCCAUCGUGAAGUGUUCCUGCAGCAGGUUUAUCAGGUGCAUCGUAACUACCGCAAAUUUAAAAUGCAUCAUUUAUAUAUUUUGGAAUCUCCUGGAGGUGCAAAGAAAAAAAAAUGUUUUAUAGCAAUUAUUUCCAAGAUUAAUAUACCAAAGUCACCUUAAGAAGACAAAAAAUAAUCAGAACGUGUUUUUAAUGUCUGACUAGUUAAUCAAAGUAAUAUAUUUUAAUUAAUAUAUUUUAAUAUUAAAAAUAAUCUAUUUGCUAAUUGUUUUUUGACAAAUCAACAGGGUAUUUACUAUAAUAAUAUGUUGGCUGUCUGUUUUUUUUUUUCUUCCUUUAAUUUUGUUCAGACUGGACAGACCACAAAACUGACUUUUGUAAUUCAAAUUGCCCAGGUAUCUGAUACUCUGCAUGGCCCACGACUUUCAAAGCAUCUGUUCAUUUGUAUGUUUUUCCAUAGAGUCCAGUGUGUAUCUGUCCUUUUAGCCGUCGACAUUUGUGUCAUUGCUGCUUGAAAACAAAGAGACAAAACAGAGUUUUGGUUUUCAAAGCACAAGUUUUAGGUCAGUGGAUUAAUCCCAAGUCACAUUUUUUUUAAAUGUUUUUAUCAUAAAAGAAGGGGGGAGGUUGUGUGAUAUGUUGAAAAUUGGGUGUGAGGUCGUAGGGCUAGAAUCUGGAGAGGUUUCCACCGAUUCAGUAAAAUUGUUUCACUAAAACUGUUUGAUUGUGUUAACACAGAAUUGAUUCACUCGCCCCGUAAAAUAUUUAGGUCUUAUCUUUUGUUGAAUGUGAUGGUAGAAUAUUGUAUGUGCUCACGUAGCAUUGGGGGACUGGACUGCACUGCAAAAAAAAAAAAAAAAGUUAACAAGAAAUAUUCAAUCUCAACUCAAACAGGCAGCUUAAAUCUCUGUUAAUGACGACUGAAACAUGAAUCAGGCAGCAAAGUCCCCACUGUCACUGAAGUCACCUGUUCUCUGUGUGCUUGUUUGUGUGUUAGAGAGAAUUGGCUAUGGAAGAAAACUGUCACGGGCGAUCACCACCAUUUUUUUUUUUGUUUAAAUGUCACGUUUGUCACUAGGUGAACUUGUUUAAUAAUUCUCGUGUCACUUUGUCUCCAUCUAAACUCUGGGUGAAUGUAAUAUAGUAAUCAGCACUUGUAAACAAAGUGUAUUUUAUCAAAAGUUAUAGACUAUUAUGAAUAAAUAACGAAAAAGAGAA